AUGGUGGUGGAGCGCGCUUUCGGGGUGGCAAAGGAACGCUUCCGUGUGUUGAAGAUGUGCAUUGACGUUGACGAUGUGGGUAGAGCUGUCGACAUUAUAGCUGCUUCUAUAGCAUUGCACAACAUUUGGAUUGCUUUGGGAGAUGACGAAAUUGAUUUCGACGUGCCUAUAGUACCCGAUGAGUGCAGAGAAGAUGAAAAUGUGUGCGUCUUACCAGUCAUUAGAGAGAUUGCCAUUAACAAGCGCGACGACAUCGCUCGUUAUCUAUUCUAG